CCCGCCCCCCAGCCCAUGCCCUCUCCGCGUCUUAGCGGCUGCCCCCUCGCGGCCUUGGAGCAGAAAGGCAGUGUCGGGAGAAGCACCGCUUGGCAAACGGCUGCGUUUGGCCCGCGCCGGCUACCGUCCACCGUCACGUGCCACACGCUGAGCGCAGACCCUGAAAAUAUGGCGGCGUCCGCGGGCCUCGCGUCCGCCUUCCUCUUUCGCCUCCGUCUCGGAGCCGCGCCGCGUGUGUCCACCUGCCGCGCCCUCUCUGGCCCCGGGGCCCCCGCGGGCUUUCAGCCGCCCCCCAAGCCGGUCAUUGUGGACAAGAGGCGGGAGCCGGAGCGGGAGCGCAGGUUCCUAAGCCCCGAGUUCAUCCCUCCCCGCGGGCGGACGAGGCCGCUGAAGUUCCAGCUGGAGCGCCGGGACAUGCUGCAGCGGCGGAAGGUCCUGCACAUCCCCGAGUUCUACGUGGGGAGCAUCCUGGCCGUCACCUCGUCGGACCCUCACGCCAAGGGCAAAAGCAGCCGCUUCCUGGGCAUUUGUACCCAGAGGUCGGGCCAGGGCCUCGGGGCCACCUUCGUUCUGCGCAACAUCAUCGAGGGCCAAGGGGUGGAGAUCUGCUUUGACCUGUACAGCCCGCGGAUCCAGGAAAUCCAAGUGAUGCGGCUGGAGAAGCGCCUGGACGACAACCUCAUGUACCUGCGCGACGCCCUGCCCGAGUACAGCACCUUCGAGCUGGACAUGAAGCCCGAGGCCCCCGCCUCCAGCGGGGAGGUCCCCGUGAACCCGCUCCAGGUCAAAAUGAAGCCCAAGCCUUGGUCCAAACGCUGGGAGCGGCCCAAGUUCAACAUCCGGGGCAUCAGGUUCGACCUGUGCCUCAGCGAGGAGCAGCUGCAGGAAGCCCGCAAGUGGAGCCGCCCCUGGCUCGAGUUCGACAUGAUGAGGGAGCGGCCCACGGAGGCCCUGGAGGCCCAGAUCUGGGAGGAGAUAGAGGCGGCCCGGCGGGGGCCCUGAGGGGGCGGGGCCACAAACACACAUGCGCACACACACAGCGCGGGCACAAUAAAGUUUAUCUGGCUCCUC